UACGCUCGAGAGGAGGGUGUGGGCUGAGCAAGGAAAUAUGGGGUGUGGCUAUCAUAUCUCAAACUCUCCAAAUCUUCGCUCUCACUUUUGGAGUGAAAGGUCACAAAAUCGACUGAGUUACAGCUACCACAACCCGGCUUUUACUACACGUCCAACCCCCUUCCCGCGUCCGCGAUUGCAUGUUCCGCUUCUCCAGAGCUUUCCGAAUGGCCGAAAACGCAGCAAAGAGACUCAAGAUGUCGCCCGUUACCAUCGGCACCCACAAUGGCCACUUCCACGCCGACGAGGCCCUGGCCGUGCACAUGCUGCGCAAGUUGCCCACCUACCACGACUCCCAGCUGAUCCGCACCCGCGACCCCAAGCUUCUCGAGACCUGCCACACCGUCGUCGACGUCGGCGGCGAGUACGACGACGGCAAGAAGCGCUACGACCACCACCAGCGCGGCUUCGCCACCACCUUCCCCGGCAAGAACACUAAGCUGUCGAGUGCCGGCCUUGUCUUCAUGCACUUUGGUAAGGCCAUUAUCGCCCAGAAGCUCAGCGAGGGCGCCGAGAAGCCCGUCACCGAGGACAGCCCCGAGGUCGAGCUGUUGUACAACAAGCUGUACGAGAGCUUCGUCGAGGCCCUCGACGCCCACGACAACGGCAUCUCCGUCUACGACCCCAAGGCCGUCGCCGCCGCGGGCCUCGAGAAGCGCUUCAGCGAGGGCGCCUUCACCCUCGGCUCCGUCGUUGGCCGCCUGAACCCUAACUGGAACGACCCGGUUCCGUCGGACCCGGCCGAGGCUCAGAAGCUCGAAGACGAGCGCUUCGUCAAGGCGAGCCGCCGCAUCGGCGAGGAGUUUGACGCCGACCUCGACUACUACGCCAAGGCGUGGUUGCCUGCCCGCGCCGUCGUGCAGGCCGCCUUCGAGAAGCGCACGCAAUACGACCCCGAGGGCCGCGUGCUGGUGCUCGAGGGCCAGAGCGCCCCCUGGAAGGAUCACCUGUACUCCCUCGAAGAAGGCAAGCCCUCUGUCGUCUACGUCUUGUACCCCGAGAAGCCCGCGCCCGAUGCCAAGUGGCGCGUGCAGGCGGUGCCCGUCACCAAGGACUCGUUCGAGAGCCGCAAGCCGCUGCCUGAGGCGUGGCGCGGAUUCAGAGACGAGGAGCUGGACGGCAUCUCCGGCAUCCCCGGCUGCGUCUUCGUUCACGCGGCUGGCUUUAUCGGCGGAAAUAAGACCUUCGAUGGCGCCAAGGACAUGGCGAUCAAGGCAUUGGCUCUGUAGAAGGUGGGCGCCCGAAGAGUCUGGUCACUGGGAGGAAGGUCAUUGGAACAUGGGACGGCGUAUGGCAUCAAAGAAAAAAGUGUCUUAAUGCUCAUCAAUACAUUGGUUUCCCCAUCACGCCUACGGGUUGUCCAGAAAUUCCUUAUCGUGUCAUAAUGGUGAAGGCGCCAAAACGGCCCCCCCUCCCCCCCUCAGACUCCCCUCUCUCCCUAUAUGCAU